GUCCGCCAGUCCUCGGCCGACUCGGAUACCGUCUCGCCCAUCACUCCUCUGAGCCCGAUGACGAAGCGCAAAGACAGCUCAGGAAAUGCACGUCGUUACUUUUGCACAUUCUGCGAUGCUUCUUUCGAGUCCAAGGCUGAGUGGAAGAUCCACGAACUGGAUUCCCACGACAAGCCGGAAAGAUAUGCCUGCAGCGACUGUACUCUGGUCUUCUCGCGGGUGGUUCUGCUGACAUCCCACCGCCAAGACAAACAUGGUCUUGAAACUCCUCCUGAUCUGAGAGGCGUCGUCCACAACUCCGCCAUGCGCCAGGCAUGGGGCUGCGGAUUCUGUGGUGAAUAUGUGCAGUCGCGGAUGGAUUACAUUGACCACGUGGGCCGGCACUACGACGAAGGAGAUGAUAUGAGCCAAUGGCAGCAUACCUAUGUUAUCCAAGGGUUACUAAGUCAGCCAAGGAUCAGGGAUGCGUGGAUCCUCCUCGUUCAAAAGGCAGAAGCCGGGCAACAAGCAAGGUUAUCUUUUACUUGGGAUGCAGAGGGCACUGGACGAUCACGGACUCUCCUGGACGAUGACGGCCCUUCAUGCUUGCAGGACUUGUUGGAGUUCUUCCCAAAUUCCGGCAGGGAUUCAAACGUAGUAGCAACCAAGGCCUACAAUAUGGCUCAAGUCAGUAGGAACGAACCUGCAACCGACAUGACUGAAGCUCUGUCUUCGUGCCCAUUUGACACCACACGUACAUCAACCCCGCGUCCAACUCCCAGCCCAAGACCAGAGUCGGCUCAGGCCAUGUCUGAAAAUCAGACUACCUCGCCAAUACCGGUUUUGCCGUCCGAAGUGGCCGAGCCAACACUGAGCGACCUCCAACAGUCGACCCCGCGUUUAUCCUUCCCUCACCGAUCCUCUUCGCCAUCGUUUUCGUCUCUCGCCGCUGGUGGACACCCCCGGCCCGGCGGGUCUGUCUCCAAGGUCUUGGUGAGAGUCAAAGAAUCAGAGCAGAAACCACAGGCGUCAUCGCAUGGUUCUACGGAUCCUGGUCAGGGAGGUGGCGCUUUAGCCGAUGGACCGUGGCGCUCGGCAAAGGGUAAUUCACUUCGCCGGGUCGACAGCGACCGUCAUCUUUCUAUCUCGAGCUCGGAAACUGGCUGGGGGGCGAAUGAUAAGCCGGAGAUUGCGAGACCCCGGACUUCGUUGGCGAUUCGCUCCCACGAAACCCCGUUGAUCACACGUAAAGAGGCCGCGGAGCGAGAAUUCAAUCUGCGGCCCCUCUCGUCGGCUCUUUCCCACUCGACUCUAGCCAGCACCAAUGCGCGCGAAGAUUGGCUCGUAGUCGCUAAGCCGAGCGAAUCGUCCUCGGCCAGAUCCCACUCAGGAUCGAGCAUAACGUCGACGGCCACAGCUGAUGGCUCCCACGGUCUCGACGAUAGUGCGAGCGAACUCAUGUCGGACGAUAGCCUGUCUGAGCCAGACUGCUGGCUAGGGUUUGAUGGGAGGUCGGUGGCCCUAAAGUCUUGGACCCGGACGUUCCAGCAGAACAUCGACAGAGAAAUGAAGAGGAUAUGGGUUCAGUACAACCGCGACUGGGAUGCGAUGAUCAAAUCUUGUGCAGGCGGUUCGAACGGAAACUCGCCCGCGAGCGGGGAAUCUGCAGGCCGAAUUCGGAAGACGUCUUACUCGCGGCAAGCCACUGGAAGAGGCCUUCGGCCACCUGCCCGCCCCCCGAUCGAGGACGACGAGGAUGACGAUGACGAGAUGGAUCGACAUCGCCCGAAUUCCUCCUUGUCCAAGUACAGUUUGGCCACGCCCAAAAGGUUUGCGUGCCCCUACCGCAAGCACAACCCGCGGGUGUACAACCUCUCAGACCACGAGGUCUGUGCGGUGAAGGCAUGGCCAACGAUUUCGAGGCUGAAAGAACACCUCUACCGGAGACAUCACAAAGUCCAUUGCCCGAGGUGCAAAGAAACGUUCAAUGACGCGAGGGGUUUGGCUGCGCACGAGAUGCAGCUCGAGGGCUGCGAGGUUCUCGACGUGCAGCCGCCUGGAGACAUCACGGCAUUCCAGGAGAAACAGCUCAAGUCUAGAAAACACACAGCUCGGCGGCAGAGCGACGAGGAAAAGUGGGCAGAAAUCUACCGGCUCCUCUUCCCGCACGUGGACACCGUGCCCUCGCCUUAUCCUGAAUUUACCGAGGAUUUGGGGCCCAUAUCGUCCGAGUCCAAGAACAACCUCGGGCUGCAGCACUUUUUGCUGACCCAGCUGCCCCAACUCUUCCGCCGGACGGCCGAGGAGCACGCCGGACGAUUCAUCCAGUCGCACGAGACGCUGAGCAUGGACAGCAUCCCGAACAUCAUUGAAGAGUCCCUCCAAAGAGCGUUCAAGGCCUGGGAGGAUACCGGAAGCGACGUGCCGCGUCGAGCCGGCUCAAGCAUGUCUUUCAGCGAGACCUCGAUUCUGUCCCCAGAAGUCAGGCGCGAGAUGCCGCUCGGGCCAAACGCCUACAUCCCCAGACAGCCCAUAUACGAGGCCAUGCCAGCCGAGGCAACCGCGAACUAUAACUGGAUUCCCCAGGACAUGAACGGCCUGUUUGAUGCCCAGCAGCUUGAGGUUCCGCAGAACGAGGAUUCUGGGUUUGUCGAAGAGUCGUUUCUCCCGACGACGUCGGCCGGGAACUACGCCCUUUUCGACUACACCUUGGGCGGCACCAUGGGCGGCACCAUGGGCGGCGCCAUGGGGGGGACAAUGGGCAGUCACGAUUGGGUGUGACUCGGCUGAAAAUUUUUGUGAUGGGAAAAUGUUAGAUUUCUAUCUCUUUCCGCUGCUUCCCUUGGAAUAUUGGUUGGAUAGGUCCCGAGAGUCACGUUCUAUACAAAGGCUGUUGCUUUACCCUGUUCUAAAGUUGCCCUCACCAGUCCCCAGUCACCUUCACCGAACCUUGCUCAGGCGCUGCUCAGGGCAUGAUCAGGGAAAGCACAAAGCGUGGAAGCAUCAAAUGGCAACUUUUCGCGAGGCAGCAGUUCUGGGCUACCUGCGUUCCAAUACUAGGAUCACCCAGCCAUACCUAGCCCGGUAGGAACAAGGCCGCUCCAAGGAAGGUAGCUCCAAGGAUACGGUGAGGCAAUUCUCAUUUUCAAUCUAGAUAACUAGCUACGGUGUAAUAAAAGACAGAAAAUUCACUUCUGGCCCCUUUCUUCAA